AUGGGAGACCCGCCCUGCCCGACCUCCCCGCACGCGGGAACCCUCCCCGAAUGUCUGAACGGGGAGUUUGUUAGGGUUGGGCCCAACCCCAAGUUUGUUCCUGUGGCUGGAUAUCACUGGUUUGAUGGAGAUGGAAUGAUUCAUGGUAUGCGCAUUAAAGAUGGAAAAGCAACUUAUGUUUCUCGUUAUGUAAAGACUUCACGCCUCAAGCAAGAAGAGUAUUUUGGCGGAGCAAAGUUUAUGAAGGUUGGAGACCUGAAGGGACUUUUUGGAUUGUUCAUGGUUCAAAUGCAACUGCUUAGAACAAAAUUGAAAGUAUUGGAUGUUUCAUACGGAAUAGGGACAGGUAAUACUGCUCUGAUUUAUCAUCAUGGUAAACUUUUGGCAUUGUCAGAGGCAGAUAAGCCAUAUGUUGUCAAAGUUCUAGAAGAUGGAGAUUUGCAAACUCUUGGAUUAUUAGAUUAUGACAAGAGAUUGGCACAUUCAUUCACUGCUCAUCCAAAGGUUGAUCCAUUCACUGAUGAAAUGUUUACUUUUGGUUAUUCACAUACGCCUCCAUAUGUUACUUAUCGGGUCAUCACUAAGGAUGGUGUCAUGCUUGAUCCCGUACCGAUAACAAUUCCAGACCCUGUCAUGAUGCAUGACUUUGCCAUCACAGAGAACUAUGCUAUCUUCAUGGACCUGCCUUUGUAUUUCCGACCAAAGGAAAUGGUGAAAGGAAAGCUGAUCUUCACUUUUGAUCCUACAAAGAAAGCUCGUUUUGGUGUGCUUCCACGAUGUGCAAAGGAUGAUAGUCAAAUUAGAUGGUUUGAGCUUCCAAACUGCUUCAUAUUCCACAAUGCAAAUGCGUGGGAGGAAGGGGAUGAAGUCGUCCUAGUCACUUGCCGCCUUCAGAAUCCAGAUUUAGAUAUGGUCAAUGGUGCCAUGAAAGAGCAGCUUGAAAAUUUCAAAAAUGAGCUAUAUGAAAUGAGAUUUAACAUGAAAACCGGUGCUGCUUCACAAAAGCAAUUGUCAGUUUCUGCUGUAGAUUUUCCUCGAAUCAACGAGAGUUAUACUGGAAGGAAACAGCAAUACGUCUAUGGAACUAUACUUGACAACAUUACGAAGGUAAAGGGCAUCAUCAAAUUUGACCUACAUGCAGAGCCAGAGGGUGGUAAAAACAAGCUCGAAGUGGGGGGCAAUGUAAGUGGUAUUUUCGAUUUGGGUCCUGAAAGAUAUGGUUCAGAGGCAAUAUUCGUCCCUCGCCAUCCUGGCGUCACUUCGGAAGAGGAUGACGGCUACUUGAUAUUCUUCGUACAUGACGAGAAAACUGGGAAAUCUGAAGUAAAUGUCAUUGAUGCAAAGACAAUGUCCGCGGAGCCUGUGGCAGUUGUUGAGCUACCUCAUCGGGUUCCUUAUGGAUUUCACGCGUUUUUUGUGACGGAGGAACAACUCCGGCAACAAGCGAUGGCAUAAAAUGAUGAAUGAAAUCCGCGCACGUCUUCCCUGUUGCAGAGCUGUAAAGGAUGGAAUGUGAUUUUAGAUCAAAUUUCAGUGUAUCUUGUCAUAGCUACUACUCUUUCUGCCUAUAGCUACGUCGCUUUUGUAUAUUUCUGGUAAAUAUGCUACUAUAUUAUUGACAAACUCAUUACAAUUGUGGCACUAGUCAUUUUCUGCUAAUAAAAUGCUCCAGAUCUUUAUAUGCAGUGAA